UGGGACCCAUCCUCAGUCUAACCUGCUUCUUGACGACAGAGAUUCACAGGACACCAGGAGAGAUUUUCUUUCUUGUUAAAAAGAUUACAAGAGGACACACUGGACACGACGAUGGCGACACAUCUGCUCUGGCGUGCUCUGUCUCUCCUACUGCUGUUUGUGUGUUUAGUGAAGUUUGGUGUAAAUGGUGGGAGAGAUGCAGCUCAUUCUGACACCUCAAAGCACGAAGGGGCUCUGAAGCGGCUGUCACGUGCCUCUGAGCUCAAAGCAGGCCGUUGCUCGUACACCUUCAUUGUUCCCCAGCAGAAGCUGAAGGGGGCGCUGUGUGUGAGUACUGAGACAGUGCGGGCCAACAGCUCUGAGACUGCUGACCUGCGAGCUCAACUCGAGAACCAGCAGGAGCAGCUGGAGAGGUUGCGCGUGCGUCUGGAGCAGGAGGGGGCGCUAGCAAGCGAGGUGAGCACCCUGCGCAGAGAGAGCAGCAGCAUGAAUGCCCGCAUCACCCAGCUGUACACUCAGCUGCUGCAAGAGAUCAUUAACAAGCAGGAGCAGGUGAUGGAGCAGCGACGUCUGGAGGAGCUCCUGCUGAACACCACCUUGCAGGUGCUGCAGAUAUCCAACAGUUACAGAGAACUGGAGAGGAAAUAUGAGGCACUCACGUCUUUGGUGAACAACCAGAGUCAACUAAUGAUGCAUUUGGAAAAAAGGUGUCAGAUCAGUGUCGUCACCAAACCACAGCAGGAGGACGAAUCAUCGGUGGUUGAUCAGUCCAGCCUCGUACAGAAGGAGAUCUCUGAGCCUAAACAUGAAGUCAGGAACAUUCAGAGAGACCAGAGUGCCCCUCUGGAACAGAAACAAACACUGCAGGAGGUUCAUGGGCUCCUCAUGACAGCAACAGAUCUCCCUACGGAAACGCCAUUCAUCAGUUUCCCUGACACUAAAUCUCCAGGGCCAUGGCAAGACUGCCAGCAUGUCCUGGAUUCAGGAGGAAACAUCAGUGGCAUCUAUCUGCUGCGUCCAUACAACUCCAACUGUCUGUUCCAGGCAUGGUGUGACCAGAGCCAUGAUCAGGGAGGCUGGACCAUCAUCCAGAGAAGACUGGACGGCUCUGUCAAUUUCUUCAGGAACUGGGAUCAGUACAAGCGAGGUUUUGGAAAUCUGGAUGGUGAGUACUGGCUUGGUCUGGAGAAUCUAUACUGGCUGACCUCACAGGCUUCCUACAAGCUCCAAGUGCACAUGGAGGACUGGCAGGGCCGGCAGGCUUUCGCAGAGUAUGACAGCUUCCAUAUAGAGCCCGAGAGCGACUGGUACCGCCUGAAACUUGGAUCCUACCAGGGCACCGCUGGUGACUCACUCUCCUGGCACAGCAAUAAAGCUUUCACUACACUCGACCGCGACAAAGACGCCUACUCAGGUAACUGUGCUCAUUACCAGAAGGGGGGGUGGUGGUACCACAUGUGUGCUCAUUCGAACCUGAAUGGGGUUUGGUACAGAGGAGGUCAUUACCGCAGCCGCUACCAGGAUGGAGUGUACUGGGCUGAGCUCCAUGGAGGCUCGUACUCUCUCAAGAAGGUAACCAUGAUGGUUAAACCCAUUCAAGUCCAGGUGAAGUAGAACCGGAUACUGACUACUGACCUGGACAGAUGGGCAAACAUUCGAGGAACAGAAAACACCUGACAAAAGUCUCAGAAAGGCCAGCAAUAAAUUGGUUCUAUUUCAUUCUGCUGGAAUUGAUGACUGCAUCUGUUUUGAAUAAUGAAGAUGACAAUGAGCAAUUGCUGAAUGAAAUAUGU